CCAGUUUGUCCAUUCAAAAUUUACAGAUAAAGAUAAUACAGUAUGAGUAUAAGAUGUAAGGUUACGAUACCGCUGAUAUAGCUGUUAUCUUCGGGCCAUUUGGCUUUAAAUCAGGUUAAGUGGUAGAUGAGUUAAAACAAGCAUGCAGUAUACUGUACAUAGUUUAUUUAUAUUGAUGUGUUGAUAACAUCAUACGUGUUUUAAAUUCUAACAACCAAUACUUAAUAUCACACAAACAUGGAAAAGAUUCCUAUAAAUGAAUUUCUGGAUGAAAUCCUGGAUACAUAUGGAGGAUUCGGUAGAUUCCAGGUGUUUAUCAUGGCUGUAGUUUUAGGAAGUUUGAGUUCUGUCGCCUUCAGCAUGAUGAUGAUGACUUUUGCAGGUGCCACUCCAGAUUGGAAUUGUGUUAUAGAUGAUAGUACUGUUCGGUUUGGUGUCUCCCAGAGAUCUACCGUUACACACGACAGUCGUUAUGUUAAUGAUACGCUGAAAAAAUGUUAUCUUUCUAUUGGUAACGAUACAACUACAACGGCCUGUGAGGCGUUCAGUUUUAACUCCAGUAUGGAUACAGUUGUCAAUGAGUGGGACCUAGUAUGUGACAAAGCAUGGAUACCAUCUACAAUCACAACCAUACAGAUGGCAGGCGUACUAUUAGGGGGACUAUUUUCUGGACAUUUGGCGGACAAAAUCGGGCGUAAACCGACCUACUUCCUGUCUUUGCUGUUCCUGUUGGUUUUCAAUAUCUUAUGUGGAUUUUCGGUAACUUGGGAAAUGUUCGCCGCCUGCAGACUUUUUCUUGGGCUAGGAAUUGGUGGUUUUCUAACAAUAUUCUACCCAUAUGUACUUGAAUUCGUUCCUAGGGAACGUCGUUCCAUUUUGGCCUCCAUCCCAAUGUGGGGUAUAUGGUCCACGAUUUUUGCAUUCGUUGCCAUGGGUUUACCGGACUGGAAAUAUCUACACUUUGUGUCCGCUGUUAUCGUAGUCCCCUGGCUCCUCUUUUGGUGGGCAAUGCCGGAGAGUUUUCGCUGGCUUGUUUCAAACAACAAACAGGAAGCAGCGUUAGAAGUUAUACAGCAUAUGGCCAAAGUCAACCGUAAACCCAUUGAAGAUAUCAAAGCACUGCAGGCCAGGAUAGAGACGGACGUUGAGAAGGUGGACACUGUUAAAACCUACAGCAUACGUGAUAUGUUUGUGUCAGCUGAGUUAACCAAAAUGACAGGUUUACAUGUAAUAGCAUGGUUGGCCUGUGGCUACGGUUUUUAUGGCGUAUCGUUCGAAGUUAAAGGUUUAACAGGCAAUCUGUACCUCAAUAUGGCGCUACUUAGCAUUGCUGAGAUCCCGAGUGUGUUGACCUUGUACUGGUUUACUAACCGAAUUGGGAGGAAGUGGACUUCGUUACUAUUUUCUGGUAUAGGUGCGUUCGCUGCAGUCAUCAUGGCCUUUAUUGAAGUGACAGAUUUACAAAGCGAUGUAUACCGUACUGUCUUUCCGCUUAUCUCUAAAAUCGGAGUUAGCAUGGCUUGGCUGAGUAUCAAACUGUUAUCUAUAGAGAUGUUUCCGACCGUCAUCAGAUCCGUCAGCAGUGGUUUGUUUAAUGCCGUGGCCAGGGUAGGCUCUCUUGUCGCUCCUCAAUGUGUGUACCUGAAUGACAAUAUACCUGGUAUCCUGUACUUUAUAUGUAGUGGAUUACUACUGUCGGCAUUUACAAGUGUUUGUUUUAUGCCCGAGACAAAAAACAAAGUGUUACCAGACUCAUUAUCCGACGUCAGUUCCAAACAUAGAAAGCCAAAAUCUUCUCCUCUAAAACUGUUUAAAAUUUCACCACCACCACCACCACCACCAACAACAACAACAACAACAAUGGUUGAGAAUGAUAAUGUUAUGUACGUCACUCAUCUAUAAUGACUGUUGUUUACAGAUAAUUUAUACUAUUGUUUUAAUUACUUAGACAAUGUUUUUAUCAAAACGUCGUCACAGCGUAUUACAUUUCGAUAUGCGCUCAUUCGAUUGUUGUGUAUAUAUUUUUAAAUAAUCCUUUUGAUACGUUUAGCUUCUAUAUUUUUUUCGGCUGUUUUUUCUAGCUUUGUUUUGUCUAAAUGAUUUAAACUGUCGAUGAGCCGUAUACUAAUACAAUAACAAAAUUCAAGCAUGACAGCGAAACACAAAUUCUGUAACAUAAAAAUUUGAUACUUUUUGGAGAGGAAUAACAAAACUUAAGAUUUAAAAAGUUAAAGUAAAGAUUCAGAAUCUAGUUUCCAAUAGGAAUCAUGAAUCGCUCGUGUAGUAUGCUGAAAAUAAUCUCAUUUCUAUUUGAUAUAAAUCACACUGUAUCAUUACUUACUGAAUAUUUCCCAUACUCAAAUGUAUUUUGUAUGUUAUAUUUUCUGAUUGAUUUA